ACACAGUCUCUCUCACAGUAGGACCUGCAACAUGUGUGACCAGAGCUAUCCAUUCCCGCAGGUCUUUCUUGUGGAUAGUGCUGAAGGUCCACAGCACUCUGGCCAGCUUCCAAACCUUGUUCCCUGCUGGUCCUUCCCACCUGCCCAGGACAGGGUGAGGAGCCGUGGGAAGAGUCGGGGCUACAUGGGGGUCAGCCCUGGUCUGGCCAUGGUUGUGCUGUGCCUGUUCCUGCUUGUGUUUGCAGCCCUGGGGUUUCAAUUCUACCAGAUUUACAACUUAAAGACAGAGCUGGAAAACAUGAAAAGGACGGUCAGAAAUGAGCUGGAGUCUAAAACACCUCAGAAGCAAAUUGGUCUCUAUAAACCUGGCUCGAAUGGAGAAGACACAGACAAGAGAGCUGCAGCACAUGUGAUAGGGCAGAGUAAACAAGAUGGAUCCCAUAAAACCUUGCGAUGGGAGCCGAAGGCCGGUCGGGCCUUCACAGUCGGUGGAGUGUCUUACCGGAUUGAAGAUGGAGCCCUGCAGGUCAAUGAGAGCGGACUCUACCAUAUUUACUCACAUGUGGAGUUGAUCUUCAAACACUGUUUUCCUGAACACUCAUUCUCUCACUCCGUGUUUGUGAGGAGAGCAGGACACCCCUUACCUCUGAAACUGAUGGAGGCCCACAGAGAGGGUUUCUGCUCCCAGCAGAAGGGGAACCCAUGGACCACAGAUAGUUACCUCGGCUCUGCACUGCAGCUGCAGAAAUAUGACAGAGUUUUAGUGAAUGUAUCACACCCCUUGUUUCUUAGUUCACAUAAUGCCAACUUCUUUGGUCUCUACCAGAUCCAAAGAGGAUAAAGUGAUAGGCUAUGUGUUUUGUUUGAAAGAAUAUCAGAUGAUAUUAAUAAACAGUUUAUUGCUGUGUGUGUGUGUGUGUGUCUUGUACGUUCGACAGUCUGAGUAUGUGUUUUGUUUCUUUAUAUUUCUGACUGUCUCAGCAAAUUUUUCCCAAAUGAAAGAAUGUAAACUGCUCAUCACUUUACUCAAAUGAUUUGUGUGCUGAAUGGGACUUGUGUCAUUGUGAAACACUAAGAUGCUUAUCUAUUUCUGUGAGGAUCAGACUGUUGAUGUCUAAAUGUGUGCUUAGAAAACAUUUAA